GCUGAACGCUCCUGCAAAGUUAAAAACAGACUUUGUUUAUCUUGCAGGCCGUUUGCUGAAACCCAAUCCGACCAGUUAGCUCGCCAUACUUCCCCGUCGCAGCCGCUGACACUUCGCUGUAGCAUUUCUAAACUCUCUGCCAUCAUUUUUUGUACCCCCCCUUCAGCUCCCCAUCUUUAUCGGGGACGGUGCACCGCUGGAGAAAAAGAUAAAAGACGGUUAAACCAAUCGCAGCUUUUCUCCACGCAAACCCAAUCUGUUCGGACAACUCUUCAGUAAACCAGAGCAGGCGUGCGGUAUCCGUCGAGGAGUGGGGGGGAUCCUCCUGCCGCUGAUCGCAGCCCAGCACCGUGACUGACUGUGAGGUCGGUUUUUUUUAACCGAGCACUUGCAAGAGCGCCAUGGCGACCCAAGUGGAUGCGUGGUCCUCCGCAACGCAAGCCGACGGGGCGGUAACCGUGGAUCACCAGCCCGAGGCCAGCUGUCCCUACAGCGACGACGACGACGGCCUGGACGAGGUGGAGGUCAACGGCAACUGGACGCCCCAGGAGAAAGCACUCCACGAGGCCCGCCUCAAAGCCAAGGCCAAGCGCCGCCUGCGCCGCUCCUCGUCCCGCAACUCCACAAGCGACUCCGUCUCCGAGUCGGGCGAGACGCCGGGAGGCGACCCCCACGCCGCGAAGGGCAAAGUCCACAACAACGACCGCAAGUCGAGGACGGGGAAAGGCAGAGGCCUGCCAAAGAAAGGCGGGGCAGGCGGGAAAGGAGUGUGGGGGGCUCCGGGGAUGGUCUACGAAGCGGAAGAGCCGGACGUACGGGACCCCAACUAUGACGAAGCUGCUCAGGGUGACACUGUUUAUGAAACAGUUGUGCCGGAGGUAGAAGAGAAGGAACUAGAAAAAAUGGUCAACCCAAUCGUCCUGGAGUACUUCGAACACGGAGACACAAAAGAGGUUGAGGUGUUGCUGAAGGAGCUCAACCUGGGCCAACACAAGUAUGAGUUUACCUCGGUGGCCGUGUCCCUGUCCCUGGAAGGCAAGGCCAGCCACAGGGAGCUGACGUCCCGCCUGCUGUCCGACCUGUCGGGGAAGAUGCUCACGCAGGGCGACAUGGCCCACGCGUUCGAUAAGAUGCUGAAAGAGCUGCCGGACCUCAUCUUGGACACGCCAGAGGCCCCUCAGAUGUUAGGCCAGUUUAUCGCCCGAGGCAUAGCUGACCACGUCCUUCCCAUGAACUUCCUGGAUACUUACAAAGGGAAAGUGGACUGUGAGCACGCAAGAGUGGCUUUGGACCGCGCUGCAGUGCUGCUGGCCAUGAAGAAGGGCAUGAUUGGUCUAGAUAACGUGUGGGGUGUAGGUGGCGGUCUGAGACCCGUCAAACAUCUCGUCAAAAAGAUGAACCUUCUCCUCAAGGAGUACCUGAUAUCCGGAGACGUGUCCGAGGCGGAGCGCUGUCUGCGGGACCUGGAAGUCCCUCACUUCCACCAUGAGCUGGUCUACGAGGCUAUAGUGAUGGUGCUGGAGUCAAACGGGGACACCGCCAGUCAAAUGAUGAUGAAACUGCUGCAGUCCUUCUGGAAAAUGGGCCUCAUCACUGUGGACCAGAUGAACAGGGGUUUCCAGCGCGUGUACGACGAGCUGCACGAAAUCUGCCUGGAUGUGCCUCACGCCCACCCCAUCAUGGAGGCCUUCGUGGAUCUCUGCUACCAGGAGGCUGUCAUCACCAAACAGCUGCGGGACGCUUGUCCUUUCAGAGGGCGGAAGCGCUUUGUAAGCGAAGGAGACGGAGGACUGAUCAAGAACUAAUGGACAGGUGGAAAAGCAGGAAGAGGAGGGGGAGUGGGGGCGUCUACAGCCUCUCUCACCCAGUUUCUGCGUCUGCGUGAUUCCCAACCUGGAACGUUCCUCUCCGAUUUAAUGUCAUUUCACAAACCAGCAUUCGCGUCAUACAGAGGAGCUGCCUGGGGCGCUCGGAUCCCUUCAUGUCGUUAAUUACAGUUUUUGAAGAAUAUCCUGUAUCUCUGGGGUUGUUGCGGCCCUCCUGGCUCGGUCUUAGUACCUGUUAGGAAUAAUUCAAGCUUAAGCUGCGGGAAAACAGGUGGAUAAGCCUGAGUUGUGGUGGGGGUUAACAGUUAUAGAUUUUUUUGUUUUUGUUUUAUUUGUUCUACCUUUUUUUUUUUGCCAUGUGUUUUUCACGCAGGCACUAAUAAUGAGGGGGGGCGGAGCAUACUGUACAGUCGCAGAGCUCACAGGCAAAGAUCUAAAUCCGCUCGUCCUCUGCCACAGACUAUCUGAAAUAAUUUCAAAGAAAUUGUUCUCUGUACAUUCUUAUUCUUGUGUUUCUCUCAGUUCUUUGUAAACAGAGCCUUUUUUUUUUCUUUUUUGUUUCCAUCCUGGUCACCUAGAAACCUCGCGUUUACUUUGAAAUGCAUCAGUCGCAUUAAGAUGUGUCGGGUCACUGUUUAUUUGAAGACUGCAUUUGAGCAGAUAUGCAUUAAUCGCCAUCCAAAAGAAACGAAACAAACAAUUGGGGUUAAUAUGUUUAAAGGCUAGUGAUGUAAAAAUGAAGCAAUCGUUAUUUAGAGGAAUAAAGAUUUUUUUGCUUGCUGUUAUGUAAUGUAAUACAACUACAUUGGUCAGCAGAUGAAUCUGAAGAAGCAGCUUAAAAGCGGGUAGGAAAAGUGUUUUUUUCUUUUUCAAAUAAAACUGGGAUUGGUUUAGUGCCUGAUUGAACUUAUUCCAGCCACUUCAUACCUUGGGAUACAGUUUGUCAGUAAGACUUUUCUACCCCCCCACCCCUCUGUCAAACAGUUUUACAUGUUGACCAAAGUUGUUCUAAAUAUUUGAGUUGAAAUCUUUCAUUCAAUAAAAAAAAAAUGCAACAAAAUGG